AUGACAGUAUUGAAAAAUCUUGGGAAACUGCUUACCAAGAAGGAUUUGCAGGUAUCCACAAGGGCUCAUAAUGAACCCUGCUCAAAUUUAAUAACCCCAAAAAAUUUCCCCAUUAACAAGACGCAUGAAGAUAAAAGGAAUCCUAAACAGACACAUUUGCCAAAGAGACCCUCAGUUGCUAUUAGUUUUAAAAAUGAAGAUAAGAAGCACAUACAUAGGAAAGGUACUCUUGGGAAAAGUUUAAUACCUAUGAAAGAGUUGAAGGAACUGAAUCGUGGUUUUAAUAAAAAAAUUGUUCAUGAAUAUUUAUCGCCAUUAAGUAAAACAAACUUUAAAAGAUUGGAUCCAAAUCUAAAAUACGAUUUUAAAAAAGCGGAGGCUUUUACUACUUACUCGAAAACUGUUCAGAGAAAUCUCGUUAAUGGAUUAACAUCAAAUGUUGAAUCAAUAAACUAUCAGAAGUUUUUAAGCAAACUAUUAUCAAUAUUAAUGAAAAAUUCCACCCACAUUAAGCAACUUUCAGCAAUUCCAAAUUUUAAUUACUCGUUAUCUGGUUCAAAUAAUAUAUAUUUAAACUAUACCUGUGAAGAAGUGCCAGCUUUACCAGAUUUUGAUAAAAAUCCAGAAUUAUUUGAAAACUAUAUUGGGAUAUUAACUCAUACUAAUUUCUUAUAUAAAAACUCAUCAAGAUUAAAUGGUAUUAUACCGAAAAUUUUACGUAAUCUAAUGCAUCCAUCAAAUAUUAAAACUUUAAAACUAAGAACAGUUAAUACUUAUAAUGAUGUGAUUUAUUAUUUUGGUACUAAGCACGAUUUUGCUAGUAGUAGAGAGGUAUUUGCACAGAUGAAACUUGAAAGUUGUUCACCAAAUACCAGAACUUAUAAUUUGUUAUUAAGAAAUAUACUUAGAAAUCUAAGACUUAAUAAAUCAAAACCUAUUUAUGAUGAAGUAAUAUUUUAUCUUGAAGAUAUGGAAUCGCAUGGUGUUAAGCCAGAUUUGGUUACCUGGUUAACAUGUUAUAAUUUUUUAAAUGAAAACUUAUCAAGACAAAUUUUUAUUGAGCAAAUGAUCUCACUUGGAUUUCCAAUUACAAAUGAAGUAUUAUAUGCAAUUGUUAAAACUUCUGAUAAAAUUGAUUAUAUGCUUCAGUCUAAAAAUAAAGCAAAGGAUAAUACUUCUAAUAACGAUAACGAUCAUACUUUAUCUGAGAUUUUAGGUAUUUUAAAAGAACAUAAAAUACCUCUUAACCUAAAGCUUUUCAAUUAUUGUAUCAAGAAACUUUUAUAUGAAGACAAUUAUCCAGUUGCUAUGAAAAUUGUGGAAUAUGCUAUUAAUAAUCAAGAUAGUGACUCAAAAUUAUUCAAACCUAAUCAUAAGACUUUAAAUCUUUUUUUAGUCUAUCUAGCAAAUAAAGGCCGUCUGGAUUUAAGUAUUAUGACUUUUAAUACAUUCGCAUCAAGAUUCAAAAUUAAGCCCACUAUUGAUUCAUUUAAUCAAAUGUUUAAGGCAUUAGUUAGAAAUGGUUAUAGUACUCAUUUUAGUGUUGUGUCUAAGAUUAUUCAUACUUGGCAAAAUGAUUGGAAUUGUGGUCGUAGACAAUCUUAUUGGCAUAUCAAAGCUCAAGCAAUUAGUAAAUUUAAUUGUCAAGCAAAGGAAGUUGGAUUAAUGGAAUUGGAAGAAAAAAGUAAAUUAUUGAAAAAUUUAAUAUGGUCCAAAGAUCUUGCUUAUACUAUUAAAGUUUGGAACGAAUGUAAACAUCUGCAUUAUCAUUUAAGAUAUUUAGGAUGUAUACCUCCACAUAUGAAAGGGACGAUUGGAACUUCGUUGGAAAAAAAUUAA